ACUGUCAAUAGUGGUCAAUCAAUAGGUUUUGUGGACAUAUCAAUAGAUAAUCAUAAUACACUACAAAAAUAACCACAAAUUAAACUAUAGUAAAAUGUUGUCUAGCAAGAAUUAGCGUACUAAGAGUAAAUACUACGCUACUUAGCUAAAAAAGUUUUAAACAACUUAAACAGUAAUAUUGAAACCGUAGCCUUUGCUUUGCAGUUGGUCGAAUGUCUUCUUCAAGUUCUAAAUUAGUUUUAGGUCUUUCCUGUUCUAUAACAAUAGGGAUUGUGUCAUAUGUUCACCUAAAACAGCAAGCCGACAGGGAAAAGAUGCAUGAAGGAGUAGUGAGAGAUAUGGAACGGCAACAAAAGAGAAAGAUAGAAAAUUUAUACCUUUUGGAGAAACAAAACGAACUAACAAAAAAGCUAAAAAGAGAAUUAGGUAGUUAGGUAAUAAAAGGCUGAUAAUUUAUUUUCGAGUAUUUAUUUUUUUGUACAGCUAACAACUAGAAAUAAAGAAACAAUGUCAUCUGAA